GUUGCCGCCAAUUUUUGUAACCUGUUCGGUUAUUGGUGCCACACGGCAUGCAUGCAUAGUCUUUAGCAGCACCUUCGAUCAGCCCCUUCAAGCGGUGCGGCGUUGGAGAAUCUAAUAUAAGCCAGACCGAAAGCAGAAGCGUUCCUCAAGGCCAGUCUUUUGCCUCCCACGCAAAUCGUUCUGCACAUCUUCAGCAUCCCUCCAUCUACCCUCCGAAACAAGUUUCUACUCUCUGAUCCUCCGCAUAGUUGACAGAAGCAAACUGGAACCACGGCACGGACUGUCGCGCAUGGCUCUUGGCGAAGCUCUUCAGCGACAUAUAACCUAAAUCGUCAGAUCUUUACCCAUCCCUGCCGUAGACACGCCUCCUUGCCCAAUCUCAGAGAAAUACCAUAUACCAUCACCUGGCAAAAUCUGCUCAAUAACAAUGUCUCGAGCGGAACGUGAUUCUUUGAAGGAGCUCGCAUCAGCGCUGCGCGCGGCGCGGGGCUCCUCACCAUCUUCACCGUCCAGUACACCUACCCGGCGGCGCUCCACCGUUUCCAAGAACGUCAACGGCUCACGGUGCCAAGCCUCAUCGCCUCCAAAACUAUCCCCUUUAUCCACUACCACCACCGCCGCCGCCGCCGCCGCCGAAGCGCGCAUAUCCCCACCUAUCCCAGACCCUACACCUAACGUCGGCCGCAGAUUCAACAAUGUGCCGUCAAGCACCGUCGCCUCGCCCGUCCGCACCGUACUGCUCUCAGAAUACACGCCCAGUAACAACUCGACGAUGGGAUAUAUGGAUUCGCGAUACUACAAACGCUCGAUGCCGUCGUUGAACUCACGGCGGAACAGCUCUACUUCGAAUCAAUCCGACUCCUCUCCGUAUUCGUCAACAGGCAGCCUGUCGCGCCGGGUCUCAUUUGGGACGAACAUUGUGUACGCGUUUGACAAGACAGCCGCAUCGAAUGAGAGAUCGGGGAGCGUUGUCAACGUCUCGUGCGGGACGGCGAUUGCUACGAUGAGGCACGAAUUCUUCAUCAAUUCAGAUCCUGAAUUUGAGCGGGACAUCAUGGCUGAUUGACAUCAGGCCCAUGCUGUGUCGUGCCGUCCCAUCUUGCAUCCCAUUUGCAUCCCAUUUGCAUCCCACUCCUUCCCGUUUCCCCGUUAGACCGCUAUGGGUAUUAGAUCCCGUUUUCGAGAUCAUCUUUUGUGCAUUAUUCUUUUUGGUCCCAAGCCUUGUUUUCUUGACAAAUAAACAGUUCAAUUUUCAUGUCAAGUCAGAAACCGGAUGC